GGGCCACUGUGUUGUGGAGGAGGAACAGGCGAUCGGAAACACAAACCAGAGGAUAUUUCGCUUCGAUUUCAGCGUUUUUCUGCAGAGGAUGCUGAGCGUCGCUUCUCUCUGCGGCUGAUUCGGAUUCCGGACCCGGGGAAGCUUCGCGUGUCUGCGGGCUGGGUGGGCGCAUCCCUCGCCUCCCGAUAGGACACAACGGGCAGGGCUCUGAUCAUUAUUUAUUUCGCUCUCUCCGCGCCGCAACGUCGGGAGGAAGGUGACCGAGAGGCAGCAAGCACAGCCGGGCUGACCAUGGAUUAAUGCCCGAGAGGAUUUUCAUCUGAGAGGUUCCCGAUGUUGAACAUGUCCUCCCCCAGCGAGCUGAAGUCUCCCUGUGUGACUCGUAACGGCAUGGUGAAGCUCCCCCCCAGCCAGCCCAACGGCCUGGGAAGCGCCAGCAUCACCAAGGGGACCCCCGCCGCCAAGAACCGCCUGUGCCAGUCCUCCUCGGUACCCUCCAUCCUGCCCCCCCCGCCCUCCUCCCUGCCCUACCACCACCACCACCACCUGGACGGCCCCGGCCUGCCCCACCCAGCCUCCUCUCUGCUGGACAUGGAGCCCGGGAAGCCUCUGGUGGGCCUGAAGCCGUCCCUCCGUCAGCUGCCCCCCCUCACCCUCCCCAAGCCCCUGCUGCUGGAGCGCCAGCUGGUGCUGGACGAGAAGCUGCUGAACCGGCUGCUCUGGUACUUCACCACGGCCGAGAAGUGUGUGCUGGCGCAGGUCUGCAAGACAUGGCGCAAGGUGCUGUACCAGCCCAAGUUCUGGGAGGGGGUGACCCCCAUCCUGCACGCCAAGGAGCUGUACACCCUGCUACCCAGCGGGGAGAAGGAGUUCGUCAGCCUGCAGGCCUUCGCUCUGCGGGGCUUCCAGUCUUUCUGCCUGGUGGGCGUCUCAGACCUGGACAUUUGUGAGUUCAUCGACAACUACCCGCUGUCCAAGAAGGGGGUCCGCUCCGUCAGCCUGAAGAGGUCCACCAUCACCGACGCAGGGCUGGAGGUGAUGUUGGAGCAGAUGCAGGGCCUGAUGCACCUGGAGCUGUCGGGCUGUAAUGACUUCACGGAGGCCGGGCUGUGGUCCAGCCUGAACGCCCGCCUCACCUCGCUCAGCGUCAGCGACUGCAUCAACGUGGCGGACGACGCCAUCGCUGCCAUCUCUCAGCUGCUGCCCAACCUGUCCGAACUCAGCCUGCAGGCCUACCAUGUGACCGACACCGCCAUGGCCUACUUCACCGCCAAGCAGGGCUACACCACCCACACCCUGCGGCUCCACUCCUGCUGGGAGAUCACCAACCACGGGGUGGUGAACAUGGUGCACAGCCUGCCCAACCUGACGGCCCUCAGCCUGUCCGGCUGCUCCAAGAUCACAGACGACGGCGUGGAGCUGGUGGCCGAGAACCUGAGGAAGCUCCGCAGCCUGGACCUGUCCUGGUGCCCCCGCAUCACCGACAUGGCCCUGGAGUACAUCGCCUGUGACCUGCACAAGCUGGAGGAGCUGGUGCUGGACAGGUGUGUGCGGAUCACAGACACCGGGCUGGGCUACCUGUCCACCAUGUCGUCAUUAAGGAGCCUCUAUCUGCGCUGGUGCUGUCAGGUGCAAGAUUUCGGUCUGCAGCAUUUGUUUGGGAUGAGGAGUCUUCGCCUACUGUCUCUUGCAGGCUGCCCCCUGCUGACCACCACCGGGCUGUCGGGCCUGAUCCAGCUGCAGGAGCUGGAGGAGCUGGAGCUCACCAACUGCCCCGGGGCCACGGCCGAGCUCUUCAAGUAUUACUCCCAGCACCUGCCGCACUGCAUGGUCAUCGAGUAGGACCGCCGCCAUCCUCCUACCUUCCUCCUCCUUACUCUUCAUCACUCUUUCAGUGCAGGAGACCGUACCGCUCCUCAUUUCCUGCCCCCCCUUCCUCGCCCGUCUUCCUCCUCCACCCCCCAUUGAGUAGACUGGCCCCCAGGCGGGCAGAGAGGCAGGAGCAAUGGAACGUGUCGGAGCCGGAGGGCGGCGGAGCUUCAUUUGAGAAGAUGCUGGAGCGGAGACGUCUUGUCUGACAGCAGGUUUCUUUUUUCAGAAUCAACUAAAGGUUUUCGUUUACGGGAGAGAGCUUCUCUAAAGACUUUGAUGAUUUUUAAGCUGAAUGGACAUAUCUAGAAGCAGCGGAGAGGAAAAGGGAAAUACAGACUUUGGUGUUUGAGCUGGUGGAACUCAUACACUGUAAACACACUCACACACAUACUGUAUAUGGUAAGUACAACUCAGACCAUGACGUUUCUAUUUUCAUCACUGUGUAAUAUAUCUGCUGUUAUUUUCUUUUCUGAGGAGGGUCUGAAAGGUCCAGGUGUCUCUUGUUUAGAGAGAGAUCCAUACUGCUGGAGAAACAGGAAACAGAGAACUAAAGAACAGGAAGUGAACGACAGGGAUGGAACUCUCUCUUUCCCCCCUUCCUGUGUGUGAAGUGUGCUUCAUGGACUCACAGGAUCCCCUCUUUUUGGGAUACCACCACCUUUUUCCAUUUCUGUGUCUUAUCAGAAAAAAAGGAGACAAUUUUAAAACAACAGUUUACAUUUCUUUGUGUUGGCGUUGAGUGGCUCAUCGUUUCUCCCUGCAUUUUUUGUAAUCAUAUGAUUUGAUUUACAGAUCUGGAGGAUGGGCUGUAACCUGUAAACGUUUUAAACAGAAAGGGAGUUCAGAGUCUGCUGACGGUACCAGGCUGUCCUAUCCUCAAUUAAUCAUAUUGAAAACAAAGAGCUUGAUAUUUCUGGAUUCAAACUAAUAAACCCCUUCCUUUAGAGUGGGUCUGGAAGUGCCCUUUCUCUUGGUGAGACCACUUCAUCCAAAUUAGAGGAGAUCUGAUUUUGUAAUUAACCUCUAUACUGAUGAUAUUUAUUGUUUGAGUUUGAGCGUAUGUGUUUAUGAGGCUGCUAAUGCAUUGUGUGCCCCCCCCCCCCUUAGCUAAGGCCAGGUUACUCCAGCUACAAAGGGAGGUGUUCAGUAUUCAAUAUUAAAGACGUGCUUACAGUGUCUGCUGCAGAACAGGAGCUGAGGGCCUUGAAUGCCAGUACAACUGUUCCUACUGACCCAGAGUCUGUUCCUACUGACCCAGAGUCUGUUCCUACUGACCCAGAGUCUGUUCCUACUGACCCAGAGUCAGAGACACUUUGGAAUGGUGUUCUAUGUUCAUGUUUUGAAAUUGUGUUUAACUCAAUCCAUUGAAAUCAAUGGAGUCACAUAACAGCCAUACAUUACAGUAAUAACCCGACAAAAUGAAAUACAUGUCUCUUUAUGAAGUAAUAACCCCCUGCACUUUGUAACAUUCUGCCUCAUUUGGUAAUCAACAGCUUCAAUGGAAAAGGUAGUAAAUGUUCCUGCAAAAAAUCUAAUAUAAUUUAUUUCAAAAAUGUUAAAACUAUUUGCUUUUUAGGUUGUUUAUAAAAAAUGGCAGCAUAUUUUUACAAAAUGCGGUUGUUAUAACAUAAUGUGCCUUUGUAAAUAAAUAUAAAAACAGGCAAAAACACAAAAUAGGUUAAAAAUAGUAGCGCCCAUUGUUCAGGAGAAUGCUUUUAUUCAUUUUAAACCUGUCCCCAUGUUAUUUGUUGACUGACCCGCUGAGAUAUGUUUGAUGUAAUGAUGUGUUGAAAGAUGUUGGAGUAGCCUUUACGAUGUGCUUAGUCUCCUUACUAAUGAGUUGGCAGGAAACCAGCCUCUCCAACAGCACCACAGAUACAUGUUGAACACAGAGUGUUUGCAAACCUGAGCUUAAAUGUAGAUAGAGGCUAAUGCAACAUGUACCACCUGUAACCUAAAUCAAAAUUACCAUUUUAAAUAUGGAGCCUCUUGUUGGGGAAACACAGUGAAGAAGGAAGUUACUUGAAAAGUUCAACUGUGUGUCUUAAGGAUGUUUUUUGGGUCUUGUUUUUUUGCAGCUCUACCUGGUUGGUCAAGUCAUUUUGACAGUGCAACCCAAAAGCUACAAACGAGACAGAAAGAGACGUUACUUGUCAGAUGAUCGGACUGGCUGUAACAAAGUUAGUCAGACUAAUCUGGAAGAAAAGUAGAAGGUCAAUGCUUGAAUUAUGAACCAAAGUUUAAAUGAAUUCUUAUUUUCCUCAGACCUUAGAUUACACAUCUACAGUAUAAACUGAGCUAAGCUAGACAGAGCUUUGUAUUCAACGUUGUACUGCUAAACCGGUACAAAAAGGCUUCUGAAAGUGUGUCUGACUCUGGGUAAGUGGGCAAGUCUCUAAUAACCCGAUAUGGAAGAGGAUUAGGGCCACACACAUUCAGACUUUAUACACAGAAUCCUGAAUCAAGUCAGAAUUCAGAGAAAGCCAGAACUCAAUAAAUAUUAGUGCAACAUGUAAGACAGUUUUUUAGUUCUGUCCAAAAUGAGUCAAAAUUGUACAUUUAAUGUAAGACUCCUGGCUUUAUUAUUAGAAUUGGGACUUAAAGGUCACCUAUUAUGCAAAAUCCACUUUUUCAUGUCUUUUAUACAUAAACAUGUGCAGGGCUGCCCCUCGCCAACUUGUGGCCCCACGCAAAGUUAUGUGAUGA